AUGCGGUUGAUAAAAAUAAAAGAAAAAAAAUCCCAAAGACGACAUUGUUCUAUAUUCUAUAUUGAAAGGCCAUAUUUUACUGAGCUGCAAGUAAAACAUAUGAAGUUCACAUCUUCUCUACUCACACUCUACACUCUGUAUGUAUCUCUCAAGUACAACAAAAUAAACAACACUGCCUCUUCUACCUCGCACCAAAUAAACUGCAGACUUGUUGCUGUUGCUCGUAGUGAAUUGGCAAAUGCAACUUGUGCACCUCUUGUCCAAGCCCAAGAACCAGUUGUUCCUGUAGCUCUUGUAGCUCUUGUAGCUCCUGUAGUCCCUGUAGCUUCUACCAAUCCCAAUCUCUCCCUCUUGUUAGAGCAAGUCCUCACCGUGGUGGAAAUCAUUAAUGCCUAUGUGAAGAAGCCAGACCUGAAAAGUACUGAUGAGGAAAUCAUUGCAGAAAACAACACAAGACCAGGGUGGAGUCUUAUGACUGGCUUCAUGAGCACACACAAUCAGGCUCUUGCCAUUGCUCUGAUUUUGUAUUUGAAGAAGCAGGAAGACUCCUUUGGAAUUCACUCAAAUGAUUUUGGAAGAAUAGUGAAGAAUCACUAUAGAAACCAGAGCCACAUCUCCAACACUGCAGCUGACUUGAUCGCAGCUCACAAUCAAAAAGCAAGAAGAUAUGGACGCAAAAAGAUAUUGCUCAAACGCCGAGAACUUGCUUAUAAGCAGUACAAGCAAAAUAUUAACACUCUCAUGGAGAUAACUGACUGA